AUGAGCGGCACGGUGCUGCCUGGCACCCCCAUCGCCGUGGACUUCUGGAGCCUGCGGAGAGCGGCCGGCGCCCGCCUCUUCUUCCUGUCCCACAUGCACUCGGACCACACGGUGGGGCUGUCCAGCACAUGGAGCCGUCCGCUGUACUGCUCCCCGCUCACCGCCCGCCUCCUGCACCGCCGCCUGCAGGUGCCGAAGUGCUGGAUCAGGCCGCUGGAGGUGGGGCAGAGCCAUGUCGUGGGUGAGGUGACAGUGACGGUGAUCGACUCCAACCACUGCCCUGGCUCCGUUAUGUUCCUCUUCGAGGGCACCUUCGGCACCAUCCUCUACACAGGAGAUUUCCGCUACACAAGUGCCAUGCAGUGCGAGCCGGCGCUGAGGGGCCGCCACAUCGACCGCCUGUACCUGGACAACACCCACUGCCACCCCCAGCGGGCCCUGCCCUCGCGGGCACUGGCCACCCGCCAGGCUGCCUGCCUGAUCCGUGCCCACCCGCAGCACCACGUGGUCAUCGGUGUGUACACCCUGGGCAAGGAGACGCUGCUGGUGGACCUGGCGCUGGAGUUCAGCACCUGGGUGGUGGUGAGCCCCUGGCGCCUGGAGCAGAUGCGGCUGCUGGAGCUGCCGGAUGUGUUCACUGCCGAGGAGGGCGCGGGCUGGAUCCGCGCCGUGGAUGUCGCCGAGAUCCGCUGGGACACGCUGGUCACCUGGAACACGCUGCACCCCACCAUUGCCAUCAUCCCCACGGGCAGGCCCGUGAAGGUCACCCAUCCCAACAUCCACCUCAUCCCCUACUCGGAUCACUCUUCCUUUGCAGAGCUGCGUGAGUUUGUGAAGUGGCUGAAGCCCUGCUCCAUCAUCCCCAUUGUGAAGGGCGACAUGUGCCAGAGUUACUUUCAGGAAUACCUGAGCUCUGCUCCCCAGGUACUUCCUGAUUUCAAAGACACAAAGCCCGUGCAAGAGUCUGGACAGCGGCAAAGCCAGAGGAGAGGGCAGAAACCCACAAGUCUCUGGAAAAGAGCCCUACAGAGUUCUGUGCCCCGAGGGGUUGUUUAUGAGUCCCCAGAGAAAAAUACUGAGAAACCCGAAGUGUUUACAGGUGUUAAGGUUCCUCAGCACUACUGUGAGCCAGCUCUCUGCUCCACUUGCUGCAGGGGUGACAAGGAAGAGCUGAGUGGGGAACAGGUGGGAACAGCAGGAGCAGCAUCUGUUUCCAGUGAGCACCUUGCAACUGGGUUUGCAGAGCAGUAUUUACUCACUCCCUUAAAUGUCCUAAAGCAGAAUUCCUCAAGGACGUUUGAUCAGCUGGUAGAAGACUUUUUUCGGAAGGGAGGCACACCCUGAAAAUUUGUGUGACAUUGCUGGUGCCAGUGCAGCAGGUAGCAGUGUUUCAUUUUGCUCCAUGCUCAGGUUUCCCAUUAGGAGAGAGGAGCUCAGCUCUGGGGCUCUCCUUAUAGAGGACAAAGAGGAAACUAGAACCAGUUUGUAGAUGGUACUUAAAAACUUAUUUAUUUUUUUAUCUCUACAUCUGCUGUGUCCCCACACUACGCUGGGCACUGUGGUCCCACUGUCUGUGUGCCUUGUGUCCACCUUUUGCAGUGACUUGCCUUUCCCCUGUUGGAAAAGUCACUGAGAGGUUGAUUCAAGCAGAGCUGCAGAGGGUAUGAGCUGAGUAAUUGGUGUCUGGAAUGUGAUGAAAGGAGCAAGAGGGGGAAUCUGAGAGCCUCAAAGAUUCUCUUUUCUGUGAGUCUGUGAUACCUCACUGACUAUGAGCAUUUCAUUCCAAAGUGAUUUACAAAUGGUCUGUAUUUAGGUGCUUUUUAAAAAUGCUGCUUAAGGAAACCUAGAAAAUGAAGUGCCUUGAAGUCCAAUAAUCUGUUUUCUAUCUGUUAAUCUACUAAUACUUCCAGCUUUUGCAUCCAGCCAGCCAACUUGCAGCUGGAUGUACUCCUGCUCUUCUGAAAGUGCCAUCUCAGUGUUAAUUGUCAGUGCUUUUUCAGCUUUGUGGCUAGGAAAAGUAGGGGUUAUUAUAAUUAUCUGGGUUCUUGAGCUGUAGCCCUUGCACAGUGGGUCAGUAAAUCCUCUGCAGUCUUUGCACUCAGCUUUGCACCACUGAAUUCUGCUUGAUUGGAAAGCACUCCUGGUAACCACCAGUGUUCUGCCUUCCCUUUUUGCCUGUUCUUGUCCUGCAGUGGCAAAUGGAAUGGGAGAUAAUGAAACAUCUGCUUGGUGGUGUGAAGUGCAUUGUUUGGAAAGAUUGUGACUGAGCAGCAGAACUGGCUCUGUUGGUUAGGCUGGGCACUUUCCCACUUUGGAUCAGCUGCAGAGCCUGGCCUGGACAUCUGGGAAAUGUCUGUAGUGUGACAAACCAUUGGGUACCUCCUGCAGCUGACUGUGCCAAACAGCACUGCCAGCAGUUCAAACUGGCCCCUGAUAUGGGCAGGGCAGCUGGAGUGGAAAUGUCAUUGGACACUGUCCUGGAACAAAGCAGUUUGUUCCUCAGCUCUCUUGGUCCUCCUUUUGUUACUGUCUAGGCAAAAUGUUUUAGAAUUUUCUGAACACAGUGCCCUGCAGGGCCUUUCCAAGCAGCUAGAUGGGUUGAAUUCCCUGAAUUGAGCCAGGAAAGGAAGUUUGUUCUUGGAGUAGAGCCAGGCCUUGUGAAAAGCAGAGGUGGCCCUGGAUUCAGCAGUUGCAGCAGUCACAAACAGGGCUGUCCAGAACACUGAGAGUGUCGACAGCCAGAGUGGGGAUAUUGGAAACCUGUUUGUUUGGCAAACACGAAUCCUGACUCCCAACCCUGGGCUUUCCCAGGCAUGGCAAUAUUUAUCCCUGUUACAUGAGGAGCGCCUGUCCCUGGGACUGCUGUGGCUCUGCCUGCCAGCUGCCAAGGGACGUUGGAAGUGACAGAGCAGUGUCCUGUGAACUGCACACGGGGCAGCAAGGGCAGCUCCAGCCUCCUGCUGUGGGCCCUGUGUCCUGCUGCUUGGAGUUUUCUGUGUGGAUUAUUUCCUAAUCCAAACUCAACUGCACAGCUCCAUCAGGUGGGUGUGAGUGGAGACAUGUGCACGUUUUGUAACAUGGAAAUGAUAGUGCUGUGCUUGUAGUGUGCUGCUGCUGCUGCUGCCUGGGACAUGCAGGCUGUUAUUUAAAUAUUGUUGAAAUUCAAGUGACUCAUUUAACAGGCAGGGGAGUGAAGCACUGCCUCAACUCCCAAAUUCCACGUCCUGCUUUGAGCAGUCUCUCCAUUGCUGAGGAGGAAUGCUCACCUUCUGAGUCACUGCUCCACUUGGGCAUGUUGCAAAUGACCUGGGAGAUCUGAUGUUUUGUGGCAUCCAGCCUUUCCUCUUUUAUUCUUAUCAACUAUUUAUUAAAGUAAAUGAAGCAGAGAACCUCCUGGUCAGCCUCUGGGCAAAAAGGAGUUGUAAAUGAUAAUUCUUUACAGAGGUAAAUCUGAGCUUUAAUCAUGCACAAACAAGGGAACAUUGCAGACUUCAGAGUCUGGGGAUCUGCAUCCUAUUUCUGUAUGCUCAGUUAAAGCUGCAGAAUAAAAUGCUGGCUUUACUUUCUAGAGCUGAAAAGGUAAUUCCUGCCAUUUGAGGAGGGAAUUAUCCAUCAUGCAGAGCCAAGGAAAAAUCUCUGUGGCUUUAAAAGCCAACAGAAGCAGGAGAGACUUGACCAGCAGUCAGUUUGCUGGAGACCUUUGCCUCAGCACAGCAGGUGCCCAAGGCAUUUUAGUGCCAAACAUUUUCCAUUUUCUUCCCUGUUAGGUGUUUAAAUGCUACUUUUGUGUGCUAUCUUUAAAAGCUGGAAAGUAAAAGUUUUCCCUUGUGGGGAAAUCUGGAAUUGCUGACUGUUGGGGCUUCUGGUCAUCCUUCAGCUUCCCCUGAAGAUGGGUUUAGUGAUGGACCUGGCAGUGCUGGGUUCAUGGUUGGACUCUGUGAUCUUAAAUGAAUUUUCCAACCUAAAAGAUUCCAUGAAAUCUCCUGGCAGUAAAUAUUUGGCCUUUUACAGGCCUUGUUCUCCCUCACACUUGUUUCCAUGAUCUCCCUAUUUUCCUGUCCCCCAGCCUAGCUCACAGGGGAGCUGCUGAGAGCUGCAGUGUCAGGGAGAGCAGGUUCUGAGCCUCACCUGCACUGCUUCCCACAGGUGUGUUUUGCUCUCAACAGUGACAAGGAGAAGCUGCAGCCCAGUAUCGGCUUCACUGUAGGGGAUCUGAGGGCCACUGCUUGGAAGCUUCAGAUACCCUGACACAGAACAGAACCUGCUUUGAGCAAAGUCCUCCCAAAUCUACACACACAGAGCAUGCUCCAGCUGCUUAUCUCUGCUCCGCAGUUGGGAACCAAACCCCAGUGGGGGGAAACAGCUCAGCCAAGGCCUUGCAGAGGAACAAGGAACGAGCUGAUUUCCCUUUGGCAAGUUUUCAUUGCUGUUUCACCAAGCUGUGAUCAAAUGCUGGCGUGUUGUGAGGGCAGGUUCUGCAGCAGAGCUGCCUGGGGAGGGUCAAUCACUGCACUAUGAACAGCUCAGUUGGCUCCAACUUCUCAAAACAGUAGGAGAGCGUGAAGGAGUGCCCUGUUUAUGCUGUGGAGAGGGGAAAAUUGCCCUCCAGGUUGUUGUUGAGAGGCUGAGGUAACAUUUGCCUGGCUCCUGUGCUCCACAGAAACAAGUGUGCAACGUCAGCUUGCAGGGAGCACCCCAGAGCACUGCUGCCUUGGGUUUCUGACUCUGCUUCCCCAAUUACAAGGCCAAAGCACAUCCAACAACUCCUCUCUUCCCUGCUGCAGAGCUGCUCUCUGUUCCUGCAGCACUGGGGCUUCUUUCCUAGAUUAAAAAACUGCAAUGGUGAAAGCUUUCCUUCACCAGAAAAUGAAUUUACAUAAUUACCUCUGCAGUGUGUGGUCACUUUGGGUUUAUUCCAAAGCCUAAAAUCUCUUUGUGCUUUUUUAUGGAGUCCUCUGAAGAGAUACUAGAACCUGUUGAAAAGGUAGAGUCACCUUGAUAAUCAUGUGAGGUGCUGCCUUCAAGAGCUCCUAUGGAUGUUGUGUGUGUGUUUGUGAUAUCUUCAGCUGAGUUUGGGAUCUUUUGCCACAGCCACAAGUUUUUCUGGCUGUGGCUUUGCCCUUGGCCAAACCCCAGCCUGAGGCACAAGCAGCCAUGGGUUGUGCAAUAAAACCUUUGGGACAGACCUUGAUCAGGAGCCUCUUGGCUCUGGCUUGGGGAGGCUGGGACUUCCCAAGCAGGUGCUGGGGAAGGUGGGAAUUGUAUUCCACUUCUCUUGGAGGUCACUGUGAGCCUGCAGAGAAUUGUGCUGAGAGAACAGUUCUCCAUGCAGGGCUGAGACCUCCCUGUCUCAGAGGGUCCAGAACUCCUGAACCGUGUUUUGCUGGAGGUGUUCACACUUGUGCUGCUGUUUGUGUAAACAGGAAGCUGUGAGUUUCUGAGGUUUUCAUAGAAUCACAGAAUGGUUUAGGUUGGAAUGGACCUUAAAGAUCAUCAAGUUCUAAAACCUGACACAGGCAGGGACAACUUCCACUGCACCAGGUUGCUCCGAGCUCUACCCAACCUGGGCUUAACCACUUCCAGGAAUGGCACAGCCAUGGCUUCUCUGUGAAUCUGUGCCAAGGCCUUACCAUCCUCUGAAUAAAGAAUUUUUUCUAAAUAUCUAAUCUAAUCCUACUCUGU